AUGCGGCUGUUCGGAACUUUUGUUUUCCUUUUAGUCCUGUACCUGCUGCAGGGGUCGAAUGCUUCUCUGGUUCGACUGAAUAACACUGGCUAUGAAGAUGUUAUCAUUGCUAUACACCCUGGUGUGCCAGAAGAUGAGAAAAUAAUUGAACAAAUAAAGAACAUGGUGACUACAGCUUCUACUUACCUGUUUGAAGCCACAGAAAAAAAGUUAUUUUUCAAAACUGUAUCUAUAUUAAUUCCUGAGAAUUGGAAGGAAAAUAUUCAAUACAAGAGGCCAAAACAGGAGAGCUACACACAUGCUGAUGUUUUAGUUGUGCCACCUACCAUCUCAGGUAGAGAUGAACCAUACACGAGGCACUUCAUGGGCUGUGAAGAUAAGGGAGAAUUCAUUCACUUUACCCCUGACUUUGUACUGGGAAAAAAAGAAAAGGAGUAUGGACCAUCAGGUAGAGCACUUGUCCACGAGUGGGCCCAUCUCCGGUGGGGAGUGUUUGAUGAGUACAAUGAAGAUGAGCCUUUCUACAGCUCUAAGUCAAAAAAAAUUGAAGCAACAAGGUGUUCCACAGGUAUCUCUGGUAUGAAUAGAGUUUAUAAAUGUCAAGGAAACAGCUGUAUAACUAGAAAUUGCAGACUUGAUUCUCAGACAAAACUGUACGAAAAAGAUUGUCAAUUCUUCCCUGAUAAAGUUCAAAAUGAAAAGGCAUCCAUAAUGUUUAUGCAAAGCAUUGAUUCUGUUGUUGAAUUCUGUAAUGCAAAAAACCAUAACCGAGAAGCUCCAAGCCUACAAAACAAAAAAUGCAAUUUCAGAAGCAUAUGGGAGGUGAUCAGCAAUUCUGAGGAUUUUAGCAACACCGUGCCUAUGGACUCACCACCCCCUCAACCUGUCUUUUCAUUACUGAAGAUCAGUCAAAGAACUGUGUGCUUAGUUCUUGAUAAAUCUGGAAGCAUGUCGGGUUAUAAUCGCCUAAAUCGAAUGAAUCAAGCGGCCAAACAUUUCCUGCUGCAGACCAUUGAAAAUGGAUCCUGGGUUGGAAUGGUUCAUUUUAGCAGUUCUGCCUACGUCCAAAGUACACUAAUCCAAAUAAUAAGCAGCAAUGAAAGAAGCAAGCUCUCAGAGGGCCUACCUACAGCAGCUUCGGGAGGAACUUCCAUCUGCUCUGGAAUCAAAUCAGCAUUUCAGAUAAUUAAAGAGCGUUUCCAACAAACAGAUGGAUCUGAAAUAGUGCUGCUGACUGACGGGGAGGACACUACUGUAAGGAGUUGUAUGGAUGAUGUGAAACAAAGUGGGGCCAUUAUUCAUUUAAUUGCCUUGGGGCCAUCUGCUGAUGAAGCAGUAAUAGAGAUGACCAAUGUAACAGGGGGAAGUCAUCAAUACGCUUCAGAUCAAGCCCAGAGCAAUGGCCUCAUUGAUGCUUUUGGGGCCCUUGCAUCAGGAAACACCGAUAUCUCUCAACAGGCUCUCCAGCUUGAAAGUACGGGAUUAACCCUCACCAAUGAUCUCUGGAUGAAUGGCACAGUAAUCAUUGAUAGCACGGUGGGAAAGGACACAUUCUUUCUUGUCACAUGGGACAAGCAGCCCCCCAGUAUUUCUCUCUGGGAUCCCAAUGGAAUACUGAUGGGAGGAUUCACAGAGGACGUAGUUUCCAAAAUGGCCCAUCUCAGCAUUUCAGGAGUUGCAAAGGUGGGCAUUUGGACUUACAGUCUUCAAGCCAAAGUAAGUUCAGAAACAUUAACUAUAACAGUAACUUCACGGGCAUCAAAUUCUUCAGUGUCUCCAAUCACAGUGAACGCUAAAAUGAAUAAAGACAUAAACAGCUUCCCUAGCCCAAUGAUUGUUUAUGCAGAAGUUCAACAAGGGUACUUACCUGUUCUUGGAGCUAACGUGACUGCCUUCAUUGAAUCAAAGAAUGGGAAAAUAGAAACUUUGGAACUUUUGGAUAAUGGUGCAGGUGCUGAUUCUUUCAAGAACGAUGGGGUCUACUCCAGGUAUUUUAUAGCUUAUUCUGAAAAUGGCAGAUAUAGCUUAAAAGUACGGGCUCAAGGAGGAAAAAACACUGCCACAAAAAGCUUGAGGCAUCCACUGAACAAAGGUGCCUAUUCACCAGGCUGGGUGGUGAAUGGGGAAAUUGAAGGGAACCCGCCAAGACCAGAAAUAAAUGAUACUCAGACAAUUUCGGAGAGUUUCAGCAGAACAGCAUCUGGAGGUGCAUUUGUGAUUUCAAAUAUUACAAGUAAUUCCUUGCCUGAUCUGUACCCACCAAGUCAAAUCACAGACCUUGAUGCCAACCCCAAUGAGGAUCAGAUCACUCUAACAUGGACAGCACCAGGAGAUGAUUUUGAUGUCGGAAAAGUUCAACGGUAUAUCAUAAGAACAAGUGGAAGCAUCCUUGACCUAAGAGACGACUUUGAUCACGCUCUUCAAGUAAACACCACUGAUCUGUUACCAAAUGAAGCCAACUCCAAGGAAUACUUUACAUUUAAACCAGGAAAUAUCUCAGAAGAAAAUGCAACACAUAUAUUCAUUGCCAUUCAAAGUGUAGAUAAAAGCAAUUUGACAUCAAAAUUAUCUAACAUUGCACGAGUAGCUUUGUUUACUCCUCAAGCAGAUCCUAGUCCUGGUGAAAAUCAUCAUAACACUGGAGUUAACAUUUCUACCUUGGUGUUAUCAGUGGUUGGGUCUAUUGUAGUUGUUAGUAUUAUUUUAGGUAUCACCAUUUGCAUUUUAAACAUGAAAAGAAAUGCAAGUAGGCCUAGGACUGGUUUUUAACAAAACCAACAAAAAUGAAGGAUAUUUGUGAAUUUUUUAAUGUAUUCUGUUUAAUCACAAACUCAUAAAAAUAACCUUAAGAGAUCUCGGAAGGAUACUUUG